UCGCGUUUUCCAAAACAGCUUUAUUUCUUAAAAGCGUCUCCGUGAAAUAAGUAACGCUGUUCGUUCAAUUUGCAGUGAUCCAAUAAUAUCCAUAUGCAAUUUAUGUGAAGUCGAAUUAGGGUGAGGUUAGUAAAGAGUUCUUAACUUUCUAAAAAGCAAUACCAGCGUGACAGUGACUCCUAAGAGGAAAGCCUGCAUUGAAGUAGUGAAAUCCAGGUCUCAGGAUCAUGUUUUGGGGAGUUACAAUUGAAAGUGGCAAACGCUACUCUCAAGUAGUUGAAAACUCUUUUCACCUGUCGAUGGCAGCCUUGGAGCCCAAGCCGAAAGAAGUAACUAAAAACAACAAGAAUAUUUCUCUGAUGAUUGAACAUGGCAAAGCAGAGUUUCUUCUGUGUACACUGGAAUAUGAUCGAGUUAUGCAAGUUCCUCUCGAUCUUGGCUUUGUUGAAGGAGAAGAAGUGGCAUUUUUCUUAAAUGGAGAAGGUAUUGUCCAUUUAACUGGAUAUGUGCUUAAUGAUGAAGAUAAAGACUUAACAGAACCAAUUUUAUCAGAACCAUCAGAAUCUGAGGAGAGUGAAGAAGACUCAGAAGAAGAUAUGACAGAGAAACCAAAACAAUUUCCAACUGUUACUCUUGAUGAUGAUGAUGAUGAUGAAGAAAGUGAUGAUGAUGACUGGACACCAGCCAAAGAGGAACAGAAUAAAAGAAAGCGUGGAGUUAAACUAGAGAAAAAAAAUAAAAAACCAAAGCUGGACCAGGAUGAUUCAUUAGUUAAGAAGAACAUACAGAUAGAAAAGAGGAUGAAAAAACAGAAUGAGCCAAGAAAAUUGAUGAAAGAAGACAUCGAAAUAAUUGAUACAGUCACACCUGUUAAACCUGAAAAACUAAGUUUACAAGAAGAAUCAAGUGAAUCAGAUAUAGACACAGAAGAGAUGAGUGAAGAUGAAGAUGAUGAUAGCAUUGAAAUGGAAGAAGAAAGUUUUGAAGAUGGAGAAGAAGAUGAAAGUGACAGUGGAGAUGAAACAGAUGGAAAUGACGACACAAGAUUAAGUGAUAAAAACAAAACCCCAAAAAACAGUUUAAAACAGAAACUUUCAAGCAGUGCCAAUAAAAAAAACUUAUUAACACCAUCAGAGAAUAUUUUGAAGAAUCCUUCACUUUCCAAUGGGAAGAAAAAAAUCCAGUUAGGCGAAAGUGAUAGUAAUAAAUUAGUGAAAUCUAGCCCCAGAAGUGAGGAUCGAGCACUUUCAUCCCAGAAAAGAAAAAAGAAAAAUCGAAGAGAAUCCUUACAUAACGGGUCUAAUGAUGGAACAGAAUUGGAACAAAAAGAGUUGAGUAAAGAUACUAAAAAAUCCCCUCAGACUCAGAAAACCUUGUUUGACUCUACACCCAAGUUGGCAAGUAGCCAGGAAGGUACAAAAACGCCCAAAAGUACAAAGAAGCACCUAGCUGGUGAAGUUGAAAUUGAAGACAUUAGACAAGGCAGUGGUCCACCUGCUAGAAAAGGCAAACUCGUUCAUCUGUACUAUGUAGGAAAGCUGCAACACAACAAUAAACAAUUUGAAGCAGUGACUAAAGGAAAACCAUUUUCCUUUCGAAUGGGUAGGGGUGAAGUCAUUAAAGGUUUGGACAUAGGACUAGAAGGAAUGAAAGUUGGUGGCAAAAGAAGCAUCUGUGUCCCACCUUCUUAUGGAUAUGGAAGCAAACCCAUGAACUUAAUACCUCCUAAUAGCACUCUAUGCUAUGAAGUAGAACUUCGAGCAGUAAGCUAAUCAAAGUUUGCAAAUUAUAAUUCUUUCUUCCAUACAUUUUAAAUUUAUUAAGUAUUAAAAAGAAGGGUGACUGUUGUAUAUUUUUUUCUCAGUCAAAUAAAAUUUUUAGUAAAAGUUGAUGUCA